AUGGAGGACCCUCAGCUCCGUCAUUCCAUCUCUCUCCACCCCCAUCCCUUCAAUCUCUCUCCGCCGCGUCCCGCCCUGUCCAUCAAUGAAGCCACCAGCACCGGCGUCGACGGCGCUGACACCGUCCCUGCCCCCCAUAUAAGGGCGCCCUCGCGGGACGAGGAGGGAAACCCACCGCCGCGAUACACCCGCCAGAACGAUCCCUUCCACCUGGCCUCCAAGAUCAAGACCGACGCCGAGAUCAAGCAGAUCAAGGCCAACACCUCCCGCAAAUACGAGCGCUGUGCGCCGUCCAUCCUCAAGGACCGCGUCGGGUCGACCUCGCGCAAACUGCAGGGAUUCUACCAGGCCCAGAAUCAGAACAUCGAGCGCCUGCUGACCCCUGUCGAGGAGCAUGUGCGCGCCGCCAGAGAGCUCAACAACCAGAACCAGCUGAAAUACAAGAUCGCCGUCUAUGGCAGCUUCGCCGCCAACGUCAUCCUGUCCAUCGUCCAGAUGUAUGGCGCCAUCUCGUCCGGCUCGUUGUCGCUGUUCACCACCAUGGCGGAUGCCAUCUUCGACCCCAUGUCCAAUCUCACCCUGCUGCUCUGCCACAAGGCCGUGUCGCGCGUCGAUCCGCGGAAAUUCCCGGCCGGCAAGGCGCGCAUCGAGACGGCCGGCAACAUCUGCUUCUGCUUUUUGAUGACCGCCGUGUCCUUUGUUCUGAUCGCCUUCUCCGUGCGCGAGCUCAGCGUCGGCCACGAGGAGGAGACGUGGAGCUUCCACCUGCCGUCCGUCAUCGCCGUCGUCGUCGCCUUCAGCACCAAGCUGUCCCUGUUUCUGUAUUGCUGGACGUUGCGCGACCAGUUUUCGCAGGUGCGCAUUCUGUGGGAGGACCACCGCAACGACCUCUUCAUCAACGGUUUCGGUAUCCUCACGUCCGUGGGCGGCAGCAAGCUCCGCUGGUGGAUCGACCCGAUGGGCGCGGUAAUUCUGUCGCUGCUGGUGUCGGGCCUGUGGCUGCGCACGGCGUAUUCCGAGUUUCAGCUGCUCAUCGGGGUGAGGGCGGACACGCAGAUGCAGCAGUUGAUCACCUAUAUCUCAAUGACGCACUCUCCGAUGAUCACAGCCAUCGACACGGUGCGCGCCUACACGUCGGGACCGCGACUGCUGGUCGAAGUCGACGUCGUCAUGGACCCGGCGGAGAGUCUGAUGGCGACGCACGACGUGGCGGAGGAGCUGCAGAUGAAGCUCGAGUCGCUGCCGGACGUGGAGCGGGCGUAUGUGCACGUGGAUUACGAGACGACGCAUAAGCCGGAGCAUUUCCUGAAAAAGGAGCUGUAA